AUGGCAACGGAAAUUCAACGAUUCAAGCGAAAAAUGUUUCGACUCCCAGCGUUCCGCGGCCGGAUCUCGAAGUCUCAGGCACCGGCACCUGGGAGCAAAGUCAGCCAGAGUCCAUCAUCAGAGGAAAAAGAGUGGAGCCAGGACAGGGCUGCCAUCGGAAACCAUAUCCAUGCACCUGCUCUUCUUGCAGACCAAGGAGCACUGCCGCGCUGCUCCACGCAGCUCACUCUCCGAGAGGUUGCCAAGCUUUUCCUGUCCACAGGUCAAGCUGCCGGCUGCGUGGUCAACGAGGCGGAUGAGCCUGUAGGUGUCAUCACCGAAGACGACAUUCUCCAGAGUUAUGUUCAAGGUGCCCCCUGGACGACGACAGUCGGACAAUGGAUGCGCGGAGGGGGCGGCGUUGCUUUUGACGCGCCGGGCCUGGAGAAGACUCGCAGCGAGCAGCCCCUGCGCGAAGCGUUACCUUCUCUACGGCCAGCCCUCACCCGGCGUGCAUCGCGGCAGCUGCUGGUUGAGCGGCAGCCCAGCACGGGGUAUGCAGGGGGCUUGCUCUCGGCCCGGGACAUUAUGCUAGCCCUAGCAGAGGGCCAGGCCCGGGACUUGCUUGACUUGCUGGGGCUCCGCACCACGCGCCUGUCCGUCAAGGAUAUCAUGGAGCCGGUCGGGCAGGCCCCAGUGCUUCGAGCAGGAUUCACCGUCCGCGAGCUACUCCAGGAGCUUCUUUCAUCACCGAGCCGCGCUGCCUUGGUCAUGGAUGGCAACAGGAUUCACGGCCUGGCGACGGUUGCAGACGCCCUUUGGGCCUUCGAUCAGCAGUUGUCGCACACACUGGAUGCUUGGGAUCGCUUGGCCGCAAGACCUGGCCGACCGGCUCUCCACGGCCAAGCCAUCCCGGCAGAUGCCGACCUGUCUCAUGCAUUGACAGCGCUGGCUGCACCAGAGGGCACUGUGCGACAUCUUGUAGCAAUGGAGCCCGGGACAAGCAACGUUGUUGGAGUCGUGUCUCCGGAGCAAGUGGUUUCUCGACGGACCUCCCGGCAAGCAGUUCCAGUGCCCUCCUGUGCACCUGAGAUCAAGGUCGAGCUGAGGCACAAGAGCCGAGACGCUGAUAGCGUUGUCAAGAAGGAGGAGACGGACGAGCAUCCGGCAGCGAGUGCCAGGAUAAAGACAGAAGUGAAGGUUGAGCUGCAAGAGGGUCAAGAGGUGAAGUGUGAAGAGGUGAAGUGUGAGGAGGUCAAGUGUGAAGAGCCAGCACCCAAGAAGCGAGCAGUGAUGCGAAGGAGCAAGAUGGACAGAGAACUUGAGGGUGAUGUGAGGAGCCAGGUGACUUUGGCUGACAUCGUGGCUCGGAGAGAGACCGCCAAAGUAACAGUCAGCUACACGCUGUCAGACGCAGUGGAUGCACUCGUCUCUACGGAGCGGACUGCAGCAAUCGUGCUGGACGAUGGGAGAGUGCAAGGUGUCCUAACCGAGAACGACGUCCUUGCAGCGUUGGUAGAGGGCACCUCAUGGCAGUGCCAAAUUUCAGAGUGGCUCAAGGGAAGCUAUGCUCGUCUCCCUGGCUUCAUGGUUCCUGCGCUGACCCUUCCUGCAAGUGCCAGCAUAGCCGAUGCUGCGGCAGAGAUGACUAGCCUGGCUGAGGAUGGCAUUGGAUUCACAUGCCACCACAUGCUUGUCCACACUAGGGACGGGGCCCACGGGGAAUCGCUGCGCAUUCUCUCUGCAUUGGACAUUGCCCGCGGCAUCAUCGACACCAUCGCCGCGCGCACCAGUCGCGACAGUGAGGCCGGUCCGGACCCCGUGGUCUCCGUGUUCACGGCCUCCGACCUCACAGUCGAGCAAGCCAUGAAGGACCGUGCGGGAGUGUCAACCUGCAAGCUUCGGGACUCUUUGCAGAAGGCGUUUGAGACCAUGCAUGAUGCCCGGCAGAAUUGCGCCUUGAUCGUCUCAGGGGGCCCGAAUUCCGUGGACGAGGCGUUGGACGGGGACCUCCCAGCUUGCGAAAUAGAAGAGCAAGAAGGGAUCACUGAAGAGGAGGAGCAGUGGCAGCAGGAGCAUGGAGCUGUCCUUGGUGUUAUCACAUCAUCCGAUGCUUUGCGGGCCUUCUCCGAACACCUCAGAGGAAACACGACAACAGUAGCUGGCUGGCUGCGAGGGCUGAACUCGCAGGCUUCGCCGGCUUUGCUGCUUGGAGCUCCGAGCACCUGCAACUUUUGA